GAGAGUGAGGGAGAUCAGUCGUGAAGGUUGAGUUGGAGAGAGAAGUUCAUAGAGGAGUGGAAAGAUUGGAAUAACUGCCCAAAACUAGGCGAGAUGGAGGGUGGUGGUGAGGCUCCGAUGAGUUCCUACAUCAUGGAUGAGGAGACGCUGAAGAGGAAGCAGAGGGAGAAGCUGAAGAAGCUCCAGGCGACGGGGGGGAACCCGCGGCCCGCCCGCUCCCUCCUCUUCCUCACACUGAAAAACCCCUUCCGCAAAGCAUGCAUCAGCAUCGUGGAGUGGAAGCCAUUUGAGAUUAUAAUCCUGCUGACCAUCUUCGCUAACUGUGUAGCUCUGGCGGUGUUCAUGCCGAUGCCUGAGGAGGACACCAACAACACCAACAGCAACCUGGAAAGUCUGGAGUACAUCUUCCUGAUCAUCUUCACUCUGGAGUGCUUCCUGAAGAUAGUGGCGUAUGGGCUGCUCUUCCACGCAGACGCUUACCUACGGAACUGCUGGAACAUUCUGGACUUCGUCAUUGUCACCAUGGGGCUGUUUACUAUCGUUGUGGACUUCAUCAAUAACAUCAGUGGGGUGGAAGCUCCAGUGGAGCAGAAGGGCGGAGGCUUCGAUAUGAAGGCACUGAGGGCUUUCAGAGUGCUGCGGCCACUACGCCUUGUCUCAGGGGUCCCCAGUCUGCAAGUGGUGAUGAGCUCCAUCCUGAAAUCCAUGCUGCCGCUCUUCCACAUCUCCUUACUGGUCUUCUUCAUGGUCACCAUCUACGCCAUCAUUGGCCUGGAACUCUUCAAAUGCAAGAUGCACAAAUCCUGUUACUACACUGGAACAGAGAUCAUCGCCACGGUGGAGAAUGAGAAGGCGUCUCCGUGUGCCGAGGCUGGAAACGGCCGUCGCUGCACUGUGAACGGUACCAUGUGCAGACCGGGCUGGCCGGGGCCCAAUAACGGCAUAACGCACUUCGAUAACCUCGGCUUCUCCAUGCUGACCGUGUACCAGUGCAUCACCACGCAGGGCUGGACCGACGUCCUCUACUGGGUUAAUGAUGCUGUUGGGAUGGAGUGGCCGUGGCUCUAUUUCGUCACUCUGAUUCUUCUGGGCUCCUUUUUCAUCUUAAAUAUGGUUCUAGGCGUCCUCUGUGGUGAGUUCACUAAGGAGCGUGAGAAGAGCUCCCGCAGCGGAGAAUAUCAGAAGCUUCGUGAGAGGCAGCAGCUGGAUGAGGAUCUGAAGGGCUAUAUGGAGUGGAUCGCACAGGCCGAGGUCAUGGACAACGACCAGGACAGACAAGGUCUGCUGCCACUGCAGGAAGGAGGCUCAGACACAGAGAGUCUGUACGAGCUGGAGGGACUGAACCGCCUCAUGUACUACGUGCGUCAUGCCCGGCGCUGGAACCGGUUCUUCAGGAGGAAGUGUCGCGUGUGGGUGAAGUCAAAACUUUUCUACUGGCUGGUGUUUCUGCUGGUGUUCUUCAACACCCUCGUCAUCGCCACAGAGCACCACAUGCAGUCACAGUCGCUCACCGAAUUCCAAGAGAGUGCGAAUAAGGCGCUGCUGUCGCUGUUUGCGGUGGAAAUGGUGCUGAAGAUGUACGCCCUGGGGCUGCCGUCGUACUUCAUGUCUCUGUUUAACCGUUUCGACUGCUUCGUUGUCUCCGUGGGGAUUCUGGAGCUGAUCCUUGUCCACAUGGACGUCAUGUCCGCCAUGGGCAUCUCCGUCAUGCGCUGCAUCCGCCUUCUGCGCCUCAUCAAAGUCACCAAGUACUGGACGUCUCUCAGUAACCUGGUGGCAUCUCUGCUGAACUCGGUUCGCUCCAUCGCCUCCCUCCUCCUCCUCCUCUUCCUCUUCAUCGUCAUCUUCGCACUGCUCGGGAUGCAGGUGUUCGGAGGGAAAUUUAACUUCACUGAUCAGAAAGUGAGGCGGAGCAACUUCGACAACUUCCCCCAGGCCCUCAUCACCGUCUUCCAGAUUCUAACAGGUGAAGACUGGAACAGUGUGAUGUAUGAUGGUAUAAUGGCUCAUGGUGGUCCUGCCAUGCCAGGCAUCCUCGUCAGCAUCUACUUCAUCAUCCUUUUCAUCUGUGGGAACUACAUCCUGCUGAAUGUGUUUCUGGCCAUUGCGGUGGACAACCUGGCCGAGGCCGAGAGUCUGACCUCAGCUCAGAAAGAGAAGGCAGAGGAGAAAAAGCGCAAAAAGCUACUGAGAGCUAACCUGUCUGAUAGAGGAGAUGAGGAUAAGUCCACGCUGGCUAAGAAACUGGCGGAGCAGAGAGCGAAGACCGAAGGAAUCCCGACAACAGCGAAGCUGAAGGUGGACGAGUUUGAAUCCAAUGUUAACGAGAUCAAGGAUCCUUUCCCACCUGCUGAUUUUCCAGGUGACGAUGAGGAGGAGGAGCCGGAGAUCCCCACCAGUCCUCGGCCUCGGCCAAUGGCAGACUUGCAGCUGAAGGAGACGGUGGUGCCCAUGCCUGAGGCCAGCUCCUUCUUCAUCUUUGGCCCACAAAACAAGUUCCGUAAGCUGUGCCACCGGAUCAUCAACGCCACCACCUUCACCAACAUCAUCCUCCUCUUCAUCCUGCUGAGUAGCAUCUCUCUGGCUGCUGAGGACCCGAUAGACCCCAUGAGCUUCAGAAACCAGGUUCUGGCUUACGCAGAUAUCGUCUUCACAUCUGUCUUCACAGCUGAAAUUGUGCUGAAGAUGACCACAUAUGGAGCUUUCUUACACAAAGGCUCCUUCUGCCGAAACUCCUUCAACAUCCUGGACCUGAUAGUGGUCGGAGUCUCUCUGCUGUCGAUGGGAAUGGAGUCCAGCGCUAUCUCUGUGGUGAAGAUUCUCCGAGUGCUGAGGGUUCUGAGGCCUUUACGAGCCAUAAACAGAGCCAAAGGUCUGAAGCACGUGGUCCAGUGCGUGUUUGUGGCCAUUAAAACCAUCGGGAACAUCGUGCUGGUGACCAUGCUGCUGGACUUCAUGUUUGCCUGCAUCGGAGUCCAGCUCUUCAAGGGGAAAUUUUACAGAUGCACAGACCCACUGAAGAUGACUGAGGAAGAGUGCAGGGGAACCUACAUCCACUAUCAGGAGAAAGCACUGCAUGAGAUGGAGAUGCGGCAGCGACAGUGGAUCAACAGCGACUUCAACUUCGACAACAUUCUGAAUGGCAUGCUGGCACUUUUCACUGUGUCCACCUUCGAGGGCUGGCCCAAGCUGCUGUACACGGCCAUAGACUCCAACAUGGAGAACAGGGGCCCUGUGUACAACAACCGCACAGAGAUCUCCAUCUUCUUCAUCGUCUACCUCAUCCUCAUCGCCUUCUUCAUGAUGAACAUCUUCGUCGGCUUCGUCAUCGUCACCUUCCAGGAGCAGGGAGAGCAGGAAUACAAAAACUGUGAACUGGACAAGAAUCAGCGUCAGUGUGUGCAGUACGCUCUGAAGGCCCGCCCCCUCCGCUGCUACAUUCCCAAAAACCCCUACCAGUACAAGGUGUGGUACAUCGUCACCUCCUGCUACUUUGAGUACCUGAUGUUUCUCCUCAUCAUGCUGAACACAAUGUGCCUGGGCAUGCAGCACUGUAACCAGUCAGAGCACAUCACUCACCUGUCCGACAUGCUGAACGUGAUCUUCACAGUGCUUUUCACUGUAGAGAUGAUCCUCAAACUCGGCGCCUUUAAAGCCAAGGGCUAUUUUGGGGACCCCUGGAAUGUGUUUGAUUUCGUCAUUGUUGUGGGCAGCAUUGUUGAUGUCAUUCUCAGUGAGAUUGAUAGGCGCUCUCGCCAAACUCCCCCACCAGCUCUCCUCUUCAACUCUAGCACACCUGAGACGGCUGCUCUUGCUGCUCAGGGUGGACUGUACUGUCUGACUGGCUGUGCGGAUGUGAACCCAAUGCAGACCAUAGCUGACUCAGAAAAUAUGAGUGUAUCCAUUACGCUCUUCCGUCUGUUCCGUGUGAUGCGUCUGGUGAAGCUGCUGAAUCGCUUUGAGGGAAUUCGGAAUCUGCUGUGGACCUUCAUCAAAUCUUUCCAGGCUUUGCCAUACGUGGCUCUGCUUAUAGUCAUGCUCUUCUUCAUCUACGCUGUCAUAGGCAUGCAGGUGUUCGGGAAGAUCGCACUGAUUGAUGGAACAGUGAUAAAUCGCAACAACAACUUCCAGACGUUUCCGCAGGCCGUUCUAGUGUUGUUCAGGUGUGCUACAGGUGAGGGCUGGCAGGAGGUGAUGUUGGGGUGCCUGUACGGCCAGCGCUGCGACCCUAAAUCAGAUUACCUGCCAGGGGAGGAGUACACCUGCGGUGCUGGGUUCGCCGUUAUCUACUUCAUGAGCUUCUACAUGCUCUGUGCCUUCCUGAUCAUUAACCUGUUUGUGGCUGUCAUCAUGGACAACUUUGAUUAUCUGACCCAUGACUGGUCCAUCCUCGGGCCGCAUCAUCUGGACGAGUUUAAGAAGAUCUGGGCAGAGUACGACCCUGAAGCCACGGGGCGAAUUAAACACUUGGAUGUGGUGACUCUGCUGCGGAGGAUCCAGCCCCCGCUCGGCUUCGGCAAAUUCUGCCCCCACCGCGUCGCCUGCAAGAGGCUGAUCUCCAUGAACAUGCCACUAAACAGUGAUGGUACCGUCACCUUCAACGCCACGCUGUUCGCUCUGGUCCGAACUGCACUCAGGAUCAAAACAGAGGGCAAUUUCCAGCAGGCCAAUGAGGAGCUGCGGGCCAUUAUAAAGAAGAUUUGGAAGAGAACCAGCAUGAAGCUGCUUGACCAGGUCAUCCCACCUAUCGGAGAUGACGAGGUGACCGUGGGGAAGUUCUAUGCCACUUUUCUGAUCCAGGAGCACUUUAGGAAGUUUAUGAAGCGACAGGAGGAGUAUUAUGGCUACCGGCCAGCCAAAAACAAAACCACCAAUGAGAUUCAGGCUGGGCUGAGGAGUAUUGAGGAUGAGGCAGCUCCAGAACUGCAGAGGGCGAUAUCGGGUGAUCUCCUGAAUGAGGAGGAGAUGGACCGAGCCAUGGAUGAGGCCGCUGAGGAUGCCAUCUACAGGCGUGCGGGCGGUUUGUUUGGGAACCAUGUUGACCCCUUCAGUCUCCAGCGUGGAACCCCUCUGCCCACUCAGGUGACCUCCCAGCGCCCCCUACAUGUGGCCGACAGCAGGACAGAAGAGGCUGAGGCUUCACCAUCUUACCUCAGCUACGCAAACAACUACAACACAAACAACAACACAAGCGACAGCCUCACCUGCCGGUUUUUGUACGAGGGUGUGGGCUCUGUCCAGUGCAGCUCUGCUUCUUCCUCCACAAGUGAACUUCAUUUCCCAGCACGCAGCAGUGGGGCAGUGCAGGGUCCAGUGAGUGCUGCUGACCUGUUGAUUCAGGAGGUGCUGCAGGCCGGGGGCGUGGCUCUGCUUGCUGUGGACUGCAGCUUCGUUGGCGUGACGAAGGCGGAGAUGGCUGCAGCGCUGCACCUGAGCCUCGACCAGCUGGAGAGAAGAGCAGCGGCCCUCCUGAACGCACGUGCAAGAGGCGGGGCCAAAUCACCAGCCACGCCCACAAACUCGGAUGAAAUACAGAACCUGGUGUAAACUGACCACCGAUAUUAAUCAGGGUCAGACGGUCAGACAGGUGACAGGGAAGCUUUGGUCACACUUUAUCUCAGCUGUGUAAAACAUUAAAACAGACUUUUUUACGCUGUUCACUCAAACGAUGGGCAGAACAAAUACCCCUUAAUCUUAAAAUCGAAAUUAUAUUAAUGAUAAACAUAUUUAGGCAAGACAGACACACUCGUCUGUAGCCUAGGUAUCAAUUUUUUUCCAUUUAUUUUAUUUAUUUUUUUAAUAACUGGCCUGGAUACAGUUUGAUGUAGUGAGGCGUUUCUAACAGAGUGGCAGUGUUUGUGCAUUUACACUGCAGUGAAUGUUAAAUAAGAACAUUUUGUGCAGUUGCGACACUUUAAACUGAGAAACUGUGAGUCCCACAUUUCUGUCUCACUCACGGCGAACGUGCCCACCAGUGGUGAUGAAAACAUCCCUAAAAAUGGUUUUAGUAUCUUCAACCUGAGCUCUGAAACAUGCAUGACUCUACAGCGCCUCCCAGUGGGCAUAAACACCCCAUAAACGCUCCAUUUUGCUUGUGUGAGACGGAUGUCGGGAGACAUUUACAAAACAAUAUUUAAAUUUGUUUUGUCAGUAACGUGAUGUCUGGUUGCACGAAUUUAACAGGCUGGAAAACAGUGUACGUUAAAUUAAAGUGUACGUUAAAUUAAAGUGUACGUUAAAUCUGAUUACAGAGUCAGAAUAAUCGGCUUUAGAACUGGGAAACGUUCCUGGCGAUGCCGAUGGAACUGGUACGUAAAGAAUAAAGACGUUAUGUACUCG